GUAAAUGUCUGAUGAUACUCAUUAUCUAGAACUAAUUGGAAAGCCAUGCUGGUAGAACUACUUGGAACACCAUGAUGAUGAGAGAGCGAGUUCGCGUAAUAUGAGACGUUCUUGUAGUGGAAGCCGAACAUAAUUAAACCCUCUCUCCGCUUUUUAGAGCUUAUUUUCUACCUGUGAUCAUGCCAGAACCUACCUCGGUUGCUGCGCCUGACCUUUCGACGCAAACGUCGUCAAGUUCGAGCGCGCCGUUUUAUAAAGUGGGCGCACCAGUCUGGGUCGCGCAUGCGGAGGAUGGCUACACACCUGGCACCAUUACUACUGUUCCGGAAGCCACUACCCCAGAAGGCGGGACACCAGAAGGUGGCAAACCUGAAGGUGGCAAGGGAGGUCCUCUCGUGGUGCAAAUCAGUAGUGGAGGUUCGAAGGAAAUAUUGGACGCCGAGACAGAAAUAAGGGAUAGGCCUGACGGCGAAUUCCUUACUGCAGACGACUGUACGUCAUUAACCCACCUUGACGAUGCGAAUAUAUUGGAGAAUUUGCGAGCAAGAUAUCUUGCUGGGUCGAUCUAUACGUUCACGGCUUCAGUUCUGCUUGCCGUCAAUCCCUACUCCGAUGUUAGCCACUUAUACACGAAAGACAUAAAACGGAAGUAUGUCAAUAUCGGUUCAGCACACACGCUUCCGCCGCACCCCUAUUCCUUGGCGGAUAUGGCGUACAGGCAAUUGCAGCAACAUGGGAAUCAGGUACUAAGAUCUUCUAUUCAUGUUUGACAAUGACAGCAUCUUCUUCAUCUUGUUAUCGGUAACACGACUGCCACUGAGCAACUCUGACUCUGAUUCUGCUCAACAGGCCUUAGUAAUAUCCGGUGAGUCCGGCGCCGGGAAAACGGAAACGGCCAAGAUAGUGAUGAGCUGUCUGGCAGAUAGAAGCAGAACAGGCGAAUCACAGGCGAGCGAUAUUCAGAACAAAAUUCUGAAUGGCGCAAACCCGAUACUAGGUACCCAUCUGACUACAACUUAAUGCAACAUUCAUGGUCAGUAUUCGUAUCCCUGUUUGUUUAAUAUCUGCUACUACUUAUCACUCAAGUUCUUGUAAGAAGUAACACAACCCUAAACCCUAAACCUACAUCAGAAUCCAUCGGAAACGCAACGACUGUUCGAAAUGGCAAUUCGUCGCGUUUCGGGAAGUACAAUGCCUUAUGCUUUAACGCCGUGGGUAAUCUAGUAGGCGCAGAAGUCCGCACUUACUUACUCGAAUCCAGUCGUGUGGUUUUGUUUGGAGAUGGAGAAAGGACUUACCACGUCUUCUACGAAAUGCUCUGGGGCUAUCCGCAGUUGCAGCCGAAAGUUAAGAAGCAGAAAGACCUUAUACUAUAGAACCAAUCUACGUACUUAUACGAAUUACUCCUGAUGAAAAGAAAUAUACUACAACACCAUCAUCUUCCCAUCAACAUGAUCAUGAUCAUCUUCCUAGUUUUUUCCAAACAGCUCUAACUCCCACGCUGACGAGUUUGGUGAUCCAAAAGCGGCUUUUGCAGAACUGGGCUUGGACCCAGAGCGUCGCUACAAACUCCUAUACGGUAGUAUCACGAACGACGCAGACGCGAAACUUCCUCAAUUCCGAAAGGAUCCAGAAAACUUCCAGAUUCUGGACACGGGAUUGGCCGAUAUCGGGUUCAGCGCGAAGGAAAGGCGGGAAUUGUACUUAUGACGAGACGACGUAGUUGACGAGACUUUGUGAGGAAACAAAUCAUUUAAUACGUAGACGUCCUUCAGCAACUUGUUAGUACUGUGUUACUGAUAGUCCUCUGAACUACACAAGUAAUGUCUGACCCCAAAUCCACGAUAACAGGGCUGAGGCGAAUUCUCAGCGUUAAGACUUUGACUAUUGAUUCCUCUAAUCUUCGCGGCCUACGCAGGCAUCAUCCAUCUCGGAGAUGUGCAGUUUAUCACUGUGGCAGACAAAGAGGGCCAGGACGUGUCCGCGAUAGAACCAUCGACCGAAAAUUGUCUAGAACAGGGUGCAAAACUCUGCGGCUUCGAUGCAACGAAACUCCGGGACGUGUUUCUCAAGCGUGCGAUGGUCAUCAAAAGGAAAGAACAAGGUACUGCACAACUUGUAAUGCUAGUAUGAAGUGGUAGGGAAAAAGGAGCAUUUCUUGAUGUCAAUUGAUACUUGUUGUCUACUGCAAGAAGAAAGCGUAAGUGAAACGGAAAAUCGCUUAAGCUUAUUCAUUGCACAGUACAACUAAAAGCAGCUAGGGGAAGACCCUCCGCCUCCACAGCGACUUCCCCGCCCCCAAACCAGGCGUCGAAAAAACGGAGCAUUACACCGUGCCUCGUUCCGCUGAGCAAGCUGCAGCAACGCAGCAAUCUCUAUUGAAGAUGCUCUACAAACGCCUAUUUCAUUUGAUAUGCGAACAAAUCAACAAGUCUGUGCAUGGAGGCGAGAGCCAGAAGCGGGCAAAACACAUCGGCAUCCUGGAUAUCUACGGUUUCGAGUGUUUGCAGGUAGGCUUACGCUCACGAUUGGAACUGGAGAUGUAUGUGUAUCACAUUCACAUUAUCUGUCUCCAUAAUUCAUGGCCAAUCAUGGCCAAUGCUGAUUAGAGCUAGUGCUAGAAGAGAACAUCAUGGCUAUCAUGAUCAUCUCAAUCAAUUCAACAAUCAAACACUUCACGAUUCAAUACUCCACAACAGGUAAACUCUUUCGAACAAGUAGUGUGCACUAAUUUGACUCAAUUAUAGAUCCUCUACGACAGGUAAACUCUUUCGAACAAGUGUGCAUCAAUUUGGCGAAUGAGCGGUUACAACAGUUCUUCGUUGAGAAGGUUCUUACAGCGGAACAAGUCCUCUACGCAAAAGAAGGCCUCCCGUGGGAAGACGUGACACUGCCAGAUGCUGGCCCAGUGCUGAAUUGCGUCUCUAGCGUGUUUGCAACCUUGGACGACCAUAAUAUGCGGUUGACGCGCAAUCAGCCGACAACGGAUCAAAAGUAAGUUACAUGUUCACAACUACAUUCAGACUCACUUUUUUUAUGUCACUUCUUUUAGCACUAACAGGAAUUGAAUGAUGAAUAACAUCUACAUGAUAACUCCAUAGAUUCACGGAAGAGUGUCAUCGCAAGCUUGGUCUUGCUGGUAUCUUUCGUGAACCGAAGCGUGGAAAAAACGUUUCCAAAGCCCAGUCUCUCCGUAUGUCAGACGGUUUCGUGAUCGCACACUACGCUGGCGAAGUCACUUACACAACGAAGGGCUUCUUAGAGUUAAGAAGUAGAACGACAAAGUGCUUUCAUUUAAAUUUCACCUUCUCCUGGUUGUGAUGCAACUACUCCAGAAAUUAAUAGAAAAAUCCAUCUUUCUCGUUGACUCGGGGCAUCUACACUACAACUUCUUGUGAGUAAGACUCGGGACCUUUCUUAUUCGUUAGAGAGAAAGCUAUCUGGCGACAAGAACAAUGGCCGUAGAUUCUAAUCCACAAGAACAACGCGAAAUUGGUCGGCGAUGCCGAGUGUCUGAUCCGAGACGCGCAAGAUAACGGCAUGAUUCAAAAAUGCACAGACUUGUCGGCAUGUCAACUCGGACAGUCGAGUUUUACAAGUGUGGCCCGAAAAUACUUGCGAGAUUUGGACCUGCUGAUGGACACACUGGCAAGCUGCAACCUGCAUUACAUUUAUGAACUACGCGUGGAAGAUAGUUCCAGAGGAAGAACAAGAAUUUUUAGAGAAGUACGCAAAUUCGUGAACAAAUCCUUUUCUUUUCACGACACAACUUCUGCAACAAGCCUACUUGCCGAGUACAGCGUAAGUACUCUAUUUUUGGAUGGACGAGACACGAGAGUGAAUUGAACUAGAUGCAGCUGCCAUUCCUCUACAGGCCUUCACUCUCUCUAAUCUCCUCGUUGUUUCAAGCCAAAUGUACAGCAGAAGCCAAAGCAAUGGAACGGUGGCGUAAUGCUAGAGCAGAUGAAGCAGAGUGGAACAGUUGAACUAGUCAAAAUCAUGCACGAUGGCUAUCCGCAUAGAUGUGUGUUCUUAUGAGCCAAAGAUGGAUCGAUUUUUUAUCUUUUAUUUGGUUUUUGUGGUUACUUAUACUGCUUGGAAAUUUGGUUUCUUGGUGGAAUUGGAUGCAAAUGCUUCUCCUUAGGAAUCAAUCCCUGCAACAAGAUUCGUUUCCCUCGUCCACCUCCAUCCUCUUCUAAUGCCCCAAGACCUUGCUGAACGCUUUCAACCGAUUAUGCCUGCCGAAUUUCGCGACUUAGAUCCUAGGAGCUUUGUCGAAGUGAUGAUGAUCGCCUUUUCGGACGAACUGAAACGAAAACAUUGGACUCUGGGCACAACAAGGCUCUUCCUCAAAGCAGGGAAGCUGGCUGUGCUAGAAAAAAUGACCGGCGAAGACAUAGGCGAAGAGCUUGUAGCGAAACUGCGGAAACAUGUACUCAUUAUACUUUACGUCCUCUUCUACGCUGUUAGAGUAUAACAGAAUAAUAUACAGAAAAUGGCGAUAUCGAUAAGUGGAUUGGUAUUAAAGGUCGCGCACAUCGGAGAUCCCCUGCUACGCGCCUCGCUUGAUUGUUUGAACUGCGACAGCCGAGCGCGCCCGCUGCAGAGGUCCUCCCCUCUGCGUCCGCGGUCCCCCCACCGAGCCGCGGCAGGGAUUGGGAGGAAAGAAACGCCCAAGCCAGUGGUGAAAAACGGCGACGAGCGGGGUGCCGCAAGUGAAGCCAGACGUAUAGGCGUAGCCGGGCCCUUUGCUUCUACUCUCUCUCCACUUAGUCCCAUUUUUGGGUUUGACUGGCCAUUUCAUCUUUCAAACGGAAACUUGAUAGUUCUUGGCUCUUACUUCUGUAGUAACAAAUUGCCUCUUUUCUUCACGACAACAACAGAUCCGAAGACAAAAGCUGCAGCGUUGUUUUACGACCGUGAAGAUUUGUCUGUAUCUUCCGAAAGUUAUGCGACGAACGCGAAACGACAAUCUGCGGUUUGCUUUGGUGAGGUGUUGUCGUGUCUAUGUCCGUCUCAUGCGGUGGUAUCGGAUUAUCCGAGUACGCAGAUCCAAAGACAGGAUGUGCCGUACUUCUGCUUUUGUCAUAUCGCACGCUCUUCAAUCCCUAAAAAUCAUAUAUAGGAAUGUAGCAGCCAUGCAAAAAGAAGAAUUUAUUAUCAUUGCAAACUCAUCGUUGUGAUUUACUCACAUCCACGUCACUCUUUUUCGCUCAGUUCUCCUCCAUCGCGUCAUUCCGCUCUUCGUUACCGUAACGAAAUGGGUUAAAAUCGCACGAAAGCGAGUGAAAGGCAAACACCAGUUCGAGAAGACGAUCCAGAAAAGCGUCUUCCUGAUGUGGCAAGAUCUUGCCAGCGAAGAAAGGCUGGCCAGGGAAGAACAGGCAAGGCUGGAAGCAGAUCAAAAACGUAAGGAUGAAGAACUAGAAAGAGCGUAUCAGGAAAUGCUUGCGAGACGAAAUAAAGACGGUGGCGCUACUGAAUCUUCUGGCACUGCAGAUGGGGCAGGUAAGACAGACAGCGGAACCGAGAGUGGUGCGACAACGCGAUGUCCAUCUUCAUCGAGCAGUCCGAAUGAGGAAUCAGCAACAGUACCACAGACACCGCCAUUAACGAAAACGGAUGGUGCAAAGUUGUGGCUAUAUUGGAGGAUAGAAGUUUGUAGCUUUCUCAGAGUAAGUUACUUUUUUAGAAGAAACAAAUAGCAAUAGAAAUUUUGGCGGGGGAUAUUGGAGAUACAGUCGGUUGCUGAUCCUGGUUGCUACUUAUCAGACCUGGUUAUAGUUAGAAAGUAAAAAUCCUCUAACUCCCGAUGGCGAGGACAGCACACCACCGAUGCCAAAACAGGCACCCGCGCCUCCGCCAAUCGACGCCUCUAUCCUCGCAGAACUAGAGAAGCUUCGUCGAGAGAAUGCCGCACUGAAACAAGAGCAAGAUAGAUUGAUGUUAUGCAGAUCCAAAGACCUCUUGGAAUUUAAUUUUCACCUUCAUUUUUGUGUCCUCAGUCGUGCAGCUAGAUAACAGUCUAUAGUCUUUUGCUUCACGUAGGGUUUCAGUUUCUGUCCCAUCUAUUUUUCUGAAGAAGAGACAUACUGAUACUUCCACAUCUCUAAUGAUAACGCCACGUGAUGCUCGAUUUAAUCCGCCAGGACGAGCAGGAGUGCCUAAGAUCAAUCUCGGUGGCGCUCCCGGAACGCCACCAGAUAGCAGAGCACCCACUUCUCUCGGUCUUGGCCUCACCAGCAACGGACCUGGUAAUAACAAGCCCAAGGCAAUGAACACACGACGCGGACCAUCCAUCAUCAUGCCAGCGUUGGAUCUCUCGAAGAUUGGAAAUAAACAAAGUGCUGGUGCAAAAAUGGCACCACUAGGUGGAAUAGGAGGCUUGCCUGCAACGAUACAGAGUGCGAGAUUGGCAGAUGACCACAUCGUAGGCGGCGCGACAUCAUCUAGUACAGAUCCUCCGACUGCGACUGAUGGUACAACCACGGCUACUUCAGGAGCAGGCACCACGCCUAGUACGACUGCAGGCACAACUACAGGUGGAACAGCUUCUGGAACAAGUGCUGGAGCACCAACUUUGGGCGCCAACGUUGGUCGUGUUGGCGCAGGCGCACAUGCUCGAAGGCACACACAAAGCAUGCUCACUCAGCACGCUGAACGCAAGAACAUGCUCUAUAAGCAGAGGCAGAACUUCGAACUUCAACGCAAAUUGUUGGAAGAGGAUUGUGGUUUUGAAGACGUAUUUAGCGGAAGCCUAACAGCGAGGGGAGGUGGAGGCAUGACUGCACGAGGAGGCAUGACAGGGAGAGGAGCGGGAGGAGCUUGUUUAUGAUGGGAUGAUAUAAUACCAAAUACUUACAGUUUGUCGGCCUCGGCACGCCGUUUCUAACUUUAAGUACUACUUUCUAGCUAUGAAAAAUCAUCCAAUAGAAGGAACGUGGAUAUUGAUAUCCGUUUCCAGGGCAUGCACCCAUCUUCUAGCAGACAACAGCUACCUCCAUGCCUCUAACAUCCGCAGGCGACGCUGACCCACCACCAAGCGCGCGGGUGGAACUAGGUGGCAUGCUGACAGGCGGCCCCUGUCCGACGCCGAGACAGCAGUCUAUUCAUCGCAAAGACAAUCAAUUUCAGACGCCCGGACGAGCCAGGAUCGAUGCAGAGAGUAUGCUGAACACACCGACGAUAAACAGUGCGAGAAGACCGUCGAUAGGUGGAGGGCGAUAGAGGGAACAACAAUAAGUUGAAGUAGAAACUUACAAACUUAUCUUUUGGAUGCUCGGUUGUAUCUCGAAUACAAGUACAACACUUUCACAAGAUCGAUAAAUAUCAAAUACUAAGUGCAGUUGUUUCGUGCUGCUUGUCGUGUGAAGAAGUUUUAGUUUUAAAAAAUUGAAAUUAUGAAUCAUGCUGGAGGAACUCGUACGGGCCUGCAGAUCAUGUUACGUGAGUCUAAAAAAUGAGCUCUACUACGGGGGCUUAUGCAAGAACAUCCUCAAAUAUGUGAUACCCAUCAUACUGAUGUAAAAUAGAAUGCUCACAUUUUGGUUAUGAUUGUUGUUCUGCUCGUUAUUACGGAUGUUAGAGGUAUUCGUAUAUGUAGUUAGUUGUAGUUGAAACGGGCUCUCAUAUGUGAGAGGAGGUAUAACUAUUUCCAUCAAUACAAUAAGAUUUACUCAUCUCCAAAUUUUUCUUCUGCUAUCACGUUGGGUUCCCUCAGUUGUAUCAAGUAAAUCUCCAAUGAAAUCUGUAGUUGUAACAUAGUCUAUUUGAAGAUUCAUUUUCAGACAGUACUGCUUAUACUUAAGAAGUAUCUACAUCAGGAUCAGGUACUAUCUAUCGUAGUCACACAUAGUAAGUUACAGGAAAAAGUAAUUCUUACAACGAAUAAAUAUCGUGCGCAACAUUCACAUUGACGUGUACUUACAGAAGUCAAUUGUAUUCCAUUUUUUGAAAUAUUAAAAGAUUCAAAUCUUGAGAACAUCCUCGCUGUUGACAACAUCCCAACAGUGUCAUUGUUCUCUUACACCAUAAGGCUUGGGAGUGUUACGAAGCUUGCUGUAACCUGUAGAUGUAGAUACCAAAGAACACAUGUAUAAAAAUGCAUCGACUCGACUCUCAUAGAUGAAUUCACUGGGGCCUGGGGCUUGGAAACAUCGGUCUCGUUUCUUCAGAUUAUUGAAUUGUAUCUCGCUCUUGGUUUCUGCUGGUAAGGUAUAUUUCAUGUCUAAUUCUGAAAUGAUUUAGAAUGAAAAACAAAAGCUUAACAACCGGUUGCAGCAAGGAGCACCGAUGAUGAAAAAUCAACCCGUGGUGGGACAAAUAGGCGACAAAAAGGCUCAGUCCUUUCUGGGCAGGACAGGAGACCAAAAAUGAAGGUUAUUAAUCCUUUUAUAUGUUUUGGUGAGUACCUCCAAUCAACGCAAAUUACUUCGCUACUGCCUUGGUGUGUGUUGACUUCCUGACAGGAGUCACGCGGAAUCAAACACGGCUGCCCUGCUCUCAUCAAUCUUGCUGUCGGUAAAAA